GAAAUUGGGCCAAUUUUUGUAGAACAAAAUGGCGUACAAUUAUCCAGGCGGUGGUGCUCCACCUUCUCAGAACCCAUAUGGGCAGCAGCCAGCAUAUGGAGGACAACAACCAGCAUACGGUGCCCCUCCUACCGGGGCAGCUCCAUAUGGUCAACAACCAGCAGGGGGAUAUAGACCACCCCCACCUCAACAAGGAGCUCCAGGAGGAUAUGGUGGGCAACCUACAGCUGCUUAUGGAGGACAACCACCAGCUGGCUAUGCUGGACGACCACCAGCCGGUUAUGGAGGACAACCACCAGCUGGCUAUGGAGGGCAACCACCUACUGGUUAUGGAGGACAACCACCUACUGGCUAUGGAGGACAACCACCUGCUGGGUAUGGUGCUCCAGGGGGACAGCAAUAUGGUGCCCAUGGAGGAGCUCACUUUGGAGGUCCGGGAGGUUGCCCACCAGGUAUGGACCCAAAUGUUUACUCAUGGUUUGUAGCUGUUGAUACUGACAGGUCAGGGAAGAUAACAGCAACAGAGCUGCAACAAGCUUUAACUAACGCAAACUGGAGUCAUUUCAAUCAAGAGACUUGCAGAUUAAUGAUAGGAUUAUUUGAUAAGGACCAUAGUGGAACAAUAGAUGUGAACGAAUUUGCAGCAUUGUGGAAAUAUAUACAGGAUUGGAAGGGAUUUUUUGAUCGUUAUGACCAGGACAGGUCAGGACUAAUUGAAGCAAAUGAAUUAAGCAGAGCUUUUUCAGAUAUGGGGUAUCGUCUAUCAAUGCAAUUUUGCAAUAUGAUAGUCACCAAGUUUGAUCGGGUUGCUAAGAGGGCGCUGAAGCUGGACGACUUCAUCCAGGCCUGUGUGAUGCUAAAAUCAUUAACAGAUGCCUUCCGUCAGCGAGAUAGUAACAUGAGUGGGUCAAUACAGAUUAAUUACGAGGACUUCAUGUCACUUGCUCUUUUGAACAAACCAUAAACUAAAAAAUGUUGAAAGACCAAAAAAUAUUUGAAAAUAGGUGUAUUAUAUUUGUUUGAGCUCUAUUGGAAAAUAUUUGACCAUUUUUUUUAGUCUUGUAUGGUGUUAAGUAUAAGGCUCUGUCCUCUCUAUCAAAUUUAUGUGAUGUACCCAUAUACUUACUACUUAUGUGAUCCAUCUCAGGGGAGGAGGAUCCAGAGAUGUCCAAAAGGGGAGUCAACACCACCCUAGCCAGUCUGGGCCAUUCCCCCACGAAAUGUUUUUUCUAGACGCCCGAAAAUAACCUCAAUUUGAGUGAAUAAUUUUUUUUUUCUUUCUUUUUUUAUUUAUUUAUUUUUUUUACUUUCCAAAAGGGUGGGGUUGGGGCCGGCCUUGCACCCCCCCCCCCAACUUAAAUCUGCUUCUGCUCCUCAUCUACAUCGUAGAGCUGGAGCUAAAACCCUGUCCAGCACUUAAAAAGGUUUUUCUUCUGAUUGUGUAAUGGUUUUGGUUGCCUAACUUCUAUGUUAAAAAUAUGGGAUAUCUUAAACCAGGGGUAUGAUGAUGUCAUAUUAUACCCAAAUAUGGGCAUAUCACAGUUAUUUGUGACAUAAGGUUUGGUAGUUUUGACAGAGCCUAACAGCUGUAGGUACUGUUUGCAAUGCACAGCAUCCAGUAACUGAAUGUCAUUGUACAGUAGCUAAUCAAAAAGAAUUUUUGAAUGGUAUGCUAUAGAACACUCUCUAAGUAGGUACUUGUACAGUAGAUUUCCUCAACAAGACUCGAUUAUAUCUAAAAGCAUAUCUUCAGUGAUUUUGAUUUCAGCUGGAGCUUAUUGCUGUGGAAAUUUGAAGUUGAGGGCGCCCUGACAUGAUUGAUGACUGAAUGUGGUGGUUGCCAGGUUACCUUGAUUACUGCCAGGAAUUGUUAUUGAAAUUUACCUUGCUUUGUUGAUAAAUCUGGUCAGUUUAUCAGGGCAAAUUAUGAGUUGUUUAUGGUAUACUGUACUUCUUUGAUUGGUUUGCUUAUACCUCUCAAUGUAAUGGAUAAAACAACAAUAAGGAGCUAGUUGUCUGAGUGCCUAGCUUGUGGCUAUCACAGUGCAAAGACUCUGUUUGACUUGCUUAUGGCCAAGCAAAAAAUACAUUUAGUAUCUCAUGCAGCAGCAAAAAUGGAGGCAAGCAAGGAGAAACUAACUAUUUUUUUUACUUGGCUUGACGCAUUUGAAGCCAUAGGGAAAGACAUAAUUCGUUUUCAAUUUUGUCAUACAAAGUACAAUAUAUUUGUAGGAUCAUUUUGUUUCGGACAAAUUUUACGAAGAAUAUAAUGAAAUGCCAAAAAAUAUUACAGAUUUUUUGAUACUGACUUGAUUAUCAACAGAUUUAUUUUAAAAUACGAAAGGCUUACAUUGCCUACAUGAGUACAGUACUUGUAGAUGCGCUCUUAGUUGCACCCUAUAACGUGAAUGUGUUUGUAUAUGGCGGUGAACAUGUUAAAAUGUAACUCAUUUAAAUAAUAUACGGUAGAUUAAAUACAAUUAUGAUAUUCAUAUUGUUACACAGAAUAUCGGAAUACUGUAUAAAAUCAUGUAAAAAAAUCUUGCUAAAAAAAGAUCACUACAGUAUUUGAUUAAACAAAAUAUGAUGCUUUAUUUUGUCUUAAAAGAAAAGUUUUUUUCAUUAUUAACUGUACAAUUAAUAAUAUUUUUUCAUUGUUAUCUUAAUUGUCAUAUCAUCAUUAUGGAUGUCAAUCAUCUAUUUUUGAUUUGGGCAGUCAUUAUUUAAAGUAGUGUAAUAUAUUUUUUGCUAUUAAACUUAAUCAUUUUACAGUAUAUAUUUUUGUGGGAAACCCAAUGGGGUAGGGGAUCAAACCCAUUCCUCAAAAAAGUAAUUAACCCAUCUCUCUUAUGUAUUGAUGCCUAUUAGUGAAAUUCUGGCAUGGAUCUCUCAUUUUGAGAAAAGAACACUACUGCCCUCUGUAGAUUGUAAUCUAUUUUAUAGACAAACCCAAUUUGGAAACUUUGGCAUUCUGUAUAAUUGACACUCCCAUUGCUGGGUACAUACUUGUGGUCCCCAGCCUGCAUAUAAUAUCCAUAUAUGGUGGUGCAAACUAUUUAGAGUAUAGAUACGUACUAUAAUUCCAAUGUUUACAUUUGUAGUAGUUAAUUUGUAAGGAUCCCUCUGAAGCCCUGGCAAUACAUCUACAGAGAAAAAUUAUCACUGUAAAUGGAUCGGUCUACAAACCAAUUGUCCAAUGCUGUACUAUAAACCAUUGCUCUGGGGUGGAUGCAGGCUUUGGUGGUAGGGGGUGCGUGAGAGUCCAUAACACCUCAGCCCCACCGUGGUUAUGGCUGAGGUGAGUACAAAUUGAGAAUGCUGUAUAGACCUAGGUGCCCUGAAAUUGCACUCUCAUACCUUAAGAAUCUUACGGGUAAUUCAUAUCAACAAUACAAUACAAUUAUUUUUCUUAAUACAAUUUAGGGGUGCGAUGAACCCUUCACAAUGUCUGAACCCUUUCCCCCCCCCCAUCUGCCCCAGUUGCUUGCAGUGCCUUAUCCCAGAAUGAAGGUACUGUCAAUGCCGUAGCUCACUAUUGAGUCAUCGUAACCAUAGCCAACAAUAAGGGCACAGGUUCGCGGCCGCCUCGCUCCUAGUUCCGGUAGUGGAACAAGUCUUCUCUGAUAAGGACUAUAAACUGUAGGCUCAGUGUACACAAAUGCUCAUGUGCACUUUAAAGAACCCAGUACAUCUUUUGGGACGAGUAGGUGGUUACCCCGGUGGACUGGUCAUCUCGGCUGUCGUGGACAAAUGAAAGUGCGCCGGUUUACCGGCUGCAGAGGUCAUAAAGCGACCCUCGGGGGAGGAGAAAGUUAUUGAAAAGUGCAACAUCUAGUCCACUGCACCACGAGCAACGAUUGUUGGAAUGGCGCAAUAUAAAUGGAACGAUUUGAUUAUUUAAAUCUGAUUGGGACAGUCCCGUGACAAUUUUUCUAAUGGGUCCGCAUUUAAAAAAAUAGGUCCAAAUUAUGCAGUUUUAUGCAUAAAUGAGUCCACUUUUUGAAAAAUGGGUCCAUAUUUUUCAUAUUUAGCCUGAAGUGGGUAUAGUUUAAAUAAAUUGGGUCGAUUUUCCAUAUUUUUGGGUCCACAUUAUUUGAAUUUAUGCGUAAAGUGGGUCCACCCUGAUACUGUCCCGCAUUGUUUGAAAAUCCUGGCUAUGGCAUUGGGUACUGUAUAAUUUAUCAAGAAAAUAUAAGAUGCUUCCAAAUGGAAUACAGAAUAUGUUUUGUGUUUGGGAAAAGUAUGUUGUGUUUGGUAUAUGCUUUUUUCAAUUUUUCAUUUUUGACUGACCGGUGUUUAUUUUGUAUAACAAGUUAAUAAGAUGUCCGUAUAUUACCAAAAUAUAAUAAAUGAACAUAUGUGUGUUUAGUGGCCUAAAAUGGUGACUGCUACCAUUGUAUUUGUUCAAGUUUUGUAGAGGCAACUUCGUCAUUACUGUAGAUGUAUUGUAGUAUCAUAGUUUCCGUGUUCCUUUAAUGGUGGGUGGCUUUUUCUAGUUUGGUUUUAAAAAAAAUUGAAUCGCAUAUAAUACUUUAUAAAUCAAAACAAUUUUGUUAUGUGUAAUAUAUUGUGUGUUGUUAUUUUAAAAGUGUGUGCAGCUAAUGGUUUUUUGUAUUACAAAUUUUCCCCCAAAAAAAAUAUGGAAUUACUUAAUAUUAUUAUUUGACUUCUUUCAAUUAAUGAUGAAAAUAAAAUUUAUAAUAAAGGUUGUCAACUACGUGCCCAUGUACUUUGUCUGGGUUUUAUGUGCUUUGCUUUUAGUAUAUUCAAUUAUGUAAGGUCUACCAUUUUUAAUUUUGUAUAAUUGAAUUAAAUUAUUUCUAAUUACCAGUAGUAA